AUGGCUCUUACUAGCAGGCUGCACCUUGUCGGCGUUUUUGUUCUUCUUGUUCAGGUAGCCCGGUUUGGCUUCAGCUCUCCAGUCGGCUCGGUCCGCGCCGAUGCUUGUCCCUUCCCGAACGGCUCGGAGACGGCGAUGCACACCUAUGAAUGCGCAGAUAAAAUGCAAAUCACGAUUUCUGCCAUUAACGUGACUGAUGUGAACGAUAAGCCGAUGUAUCCGAUGGACCCGAAGCAGGCGAUGAUCCUCAACCUCAUCUCGUACAACCAUGGUCAACCGAUCACCGACAACAAAGUUGACGUUGGACUUAAGCAGUAUCAGCGUAGCUGGACCGACAAUACGUGCAACUGGAAGGAGAUUCCCACUUUGGGACUACUCGACAACAUUGACGGCUGCGACUUUGCCCACAACUGCCCGUUGGCUUCUGGACCAUUGCAGCUCAAGAUUCAGCUUGAUCUGUCAAAGUUCGCAGCUAUCAUCAACAUGCUGGCAGCUGGAAAACCCUACGAACUUGAAAUCUCCAUGAAGAACUACAACAAGGGUAACGUCAAUCACGAAGAAAUCGCCUGCGUUGUCGCCCAAGUACAUCUCAUC